GAGCCUGUUGUUUUCUCUCUAACAAUCUAGAAAUCAAAAUAAAAACGAUCUAAAUUUCCGUUUAUAGUCUCUUUCUUCCAACAAUGGGGAAAUCAAGCAAGAAAUCAACCCCCAAAGUUGAAGUAGCACCUGCCGUAGCUGCUCCUAAUUCGGAGAAGAAAGGCAAGAGAGAAGCUAAAGGAACUCUUGAAAAACAAGUGGUUGUGAAAAAGCAGAAGAAGAACGAUGGCGUCGAACAAUCUGUUGUAAAGAAGAAAGUUGAAGCAAAGACCCAAAGGAAGGAGAAAGACGAAACUAGUAGUUCUUCCGAUGACACUUCAGAUACUGAAGAUGAACCUGUGCCUCCGAAAAAGCAGCCAGCUAUUGCCAAGAACGGCUCUGUACCUGCAAAGAAAGUGAAAAAAGCUACCAGUUCUGGUUCUUCUGAGUCUAGUAGCGAGGAAGAUUCAUCCUCUGAUGAAGAAGCUCCAGCUCAGAAUAAAAAAGCUGUAGUUGCUAAAAAUUCUGCUAAGACAGUGAAAGCUGAUAGCGGUUCCGAGUCUAGUAGUGAGGAAGAUUCAUCCUCCGAUGAAGAAGCUCCUGCUCAAAAUAAAAAAGCCGCAGUUGCUAAAAAUGCCUCUGUUCUUGCUCCUAAGACUGUUAAACCUGAUAAAAGUUCCGAGUCUAGUAGUGAGGAAGAUUCAUCCUCCGACGAAGAACCUACUGCCCAGAAUAAAAACCCUUUAGUUGCAAAAAGUGUCUCUGUUCCAGCUGCUAAGACAGUGAAAGCUGAUAGCAGUUCUGAUUCUAGUAGUGAAGAUGAUUCAUCCUCCGACGAAGAAGCUCCUGCUCAGAAUAAAAAACCAGUAGUUGCCAAAAAUGACUCUACUUUAGCUGCUAAGAAAGUGAAAGCUGAUGAUGAUUCUGAGUCUAGUAGUGAGGAAGGGUCAUCCUCGGAAGAAGAAGCCCCUGCUCAGAAUAAAAAACCUGUAGCUAAACAUAGCUCUGUUCCAGCUACUAAGCCGGUAAAAGCUGAAAGCAGUUCAGACUCUUCUGAUGAUGAUUCCAGUGAGGAUGAUGGACCUGCUGCAAAAACAAAGAUAGCGACAGCUGUUAAAAAUGACUCUGCAUCUGUUAAGAAAGGCAAGCCCUCCAGCAGUUCGGAUUCUUCAGAUGAAAAUGAAGACAAAACAAAACCUACCUCUAAGAAAGGACCUGCUAUUGUUGCAAAAAAUGUGCCAAGUGAAAGUUCAGAAAGUGAUAGCUCGUCAGAGGAGGAGGAUGAACCUCCUUGCAAAGCUACUAUACCAGCUUCUUCUGCGAAGAAUGUACCUUCACUGAUUGCAAAGGAUAAAACUGCAUCCAGUGAUAGCAGCUCUGAGGAGGAUUCUGAUGAAGAGGAUGCAAAGAAAGCAAUUUCUGUGAAGAAAACUUCUGCUCCCACCCUUAAGAAAAUUGAGGAUUCCAGUAAUAGCUCCUCUGAUGAUAGUGAUUCUGAGGAAGUAGUGCAGAAAGUUGAGGAAAAGGAUAGUAAGAAACCUGAUACUGUGAAAACUUCAAAGAAAGAAGAUUCAUCUGAAAGCUCUGAAGAUACCGAUUCCUCCGAGGAAGAGGCUCCUACAAACAAAGCUUCUGUUGCUGCAAAAAGGCCACUCCCCACAGAUGGGACAAAAAAAUCAAAAGAGGAAAGCAAUGAUAGCGAAAAUGAUAGCUCUGACGAAAGUGAGGAUGAAGCACCUCCAGCUAAAAAGUCUAAGGUUUCUUCAGAUGGUGGUAAGGUUGCCAAGGUUGUUAAAAAAGUAAGCAGUAGUGAAGACGAGGAAUCUGAAGAAUCAUCCGAUGAUGAGGAAAGUGAUGAAGAAGAAACUCCAAAGAAAAAGGACACAGAUGUAGAAAUGGUGGAUGCUGCAACACCACAGAAAAUUACCAAGCAGCAGGAUUUAAAGUCUGGAAAGAAAGCUCUCCAAGCCCCCACAACUCCUCAAGUUCAAUCCACAGGUUCAAAGACACUGUUUGUUGGAAACUUACCUUUUCAAGUAGAACAAGAUGAUGUAAGGAAUUUUUUUAAAGAUGCUGGUGAGGUUGUGGAUGUACGUUUAUCUACUGAUUUUGAAGGGAAUUUUAAGGGGUAUGGACAUGUUGAAUUCGCUACCGCAGAGGGUGCACAGAAAGCUCUAGAAUUGAACGGUGAAUAUUUAAUGAAUCGUUCUCUUAGACUUGAUUUGGCCCGUGAAAGGGGUGCAUUUACAGCACAUAGCAGCAAUCGGAACAACUCGUUCCAUAAAGGGGGAAGAGGUCAGGCUCAGACAGUAUUUGUUAGAGGAUUUGAUCAAUCUCUUGGCCAGGAUGAGGCUAAGAAAUCCUUGGAGGAGCACUUUGGUUCCUGUGGAGAGAUUUCUAGGGUGGCAAUACCUGUGGAUUGGGAAUCUGGUGCCGUGAGAGGUUAUGCUUAUUUGGAUUUCACCGAUGGUGAUAGUUUCAACAAAGCCCUAGAACUUGAUGGAUCUGUACUUAAAAAGCAUUCCUUGUCUGUGGAAGAGGCAAAGCCAAGAGGUGAAUUCCGUGAUGGUCCUGGCAGCGGAAGAGGUGGCAGAGGUGGUGAUAGGAGUGGAGGAAGGGACGGUGGCGGUGGCCGUGGUGGAUGGAGUGGGGGAAGGGACGGUGGUGGCAUGAGUGGUGGAAGAGAUGGAGGUGGGCGUGGUGGAAGACGUGGGGGUGGUCAAUUUGGUGGUGGUGGCGGCGGCGGCAGAGGACGUGGAACACCUAAUAAACCAAACCUUGCUGCUGCUGGCACAGGGAAGAAGACUACUUUCACAGAUGACGAUUAAUGAAUAGAGCACACCCCCAUUUUUCCCUUGGUUGCUUAUGUUGUAGUAAUUGCUUUUGUGAUAGAUUAUUAUUAUUAU